CUAGGCAGGCAGGAAAGCACGACGCCUUGGCUGCUGUCUGCCCUGCACGCGCUCACGAACAAACGGACAAACGAAAGCAUCGCGCACGCGCGCCCACACGCUCAGGAAGAGGGAAAAGAGGAAGAGGUGAGAUGACGCUCACGGUACGCUACUCCACGCCACAGCAAGCACACACACACUCCGCAUUCGCUCAGGCAGCACACACCCAACCAUCCACUAUUCACAUAACUACUGUAUGUAAGCAAGUAACCCGCUCAUCCGCAAGCCUGCAUUCUGUGCCAUAUGUAAGCCGUCCCUCCAGCCACCCAGCCAUCCAGCCAUCCAGCCAUCCAACGCAAAACCUCGCAUCCUCUCCCGCCUCCCCUCUACUCCCCUCUACUCGCCAUCCCCACCCGCACGCCCGCCCGCACGCAUGCACACUCCUACAGAUGCACGUGCAAACAGCACCACCGAGCAACCAAGCCCCAGCACCCAGACCCAGCCAAAAACAAAACAAAAGAGCCCAACUAAUCACGCGCGCGCGCGCGCCUGCACCCACAAGCCGACAAUCUGCCCGCCAUGCCAGGAAGGAAGAAAGACGGAAAGGAAGAAAGCAAGCAAGCAAGCAGGCCAAGCAAGCCAUGCACCGCGCAUUUGCAUAAUACCCUUUGCUUACCAUCAGCAGAGCGGAAUCACGACAAUGACGGAAAGGAAAGAAGGAAAGAAAGACCAAAAAAAGCGCCAUCGUAUCAUAUCAUGGUAUCAUCAGCCAACAAACCAAGAAGCCGGC